CGAGCAGGCGGACUACGAGCUAGUGCGCAAGGUGGGGCGCGGCAAGUACAGCGAGGUUUUCGAGGCGCGCACCGUGCGCGGCGGGCAGCGGUGCAUCGUUAAAGUGCUCAAGCCCGUGCGGCGGAAGAAGAUCAAGCGCGAGAUCAAGGUGCUGCAGAACCUGGCGGGCGGGCCCAACAUCAUCUCGCUGCUGGACGUGGUGCGCGACCCCGUCACUCGCACGCCCUCGCUGGUGUUUGACCUCGUUGACUCGCUUGACUGGAAGCUGCUCUACCCCUCGCUCACCGACCACGAUGUCCGCUACUACCUCUACCAGCUGCUCCUGGCUCUGGACUAUGCGCAUUCACAGGGCAUCAUGCAUCGCGAUGUGAAGCCGCACAAUGUGAUGAUCGACCACCAGCGCCGCCAGCUGCGCCUCAUAGACUGGGGCCUCGCGGAGUUCUACCACCCGGGCACGGCCUACAACGUGCGCGUCGCCUCCCGGUACUUCAAGGGCCCAGAGCUACUGGUGGAUCUGGAGGAGUACGACUACUCGCUUGACAUGUGGAGCUUCGGAUGCAUGGUCGCCGGGAUGGUGUUUCGGCGAGAGCCCUUCUUCUGUGGGUGGGACAAUGCGGACCAGCUCGUGAAGAUAGCUCAGGUGUUGGGCACGGACAGCCUGUUUGACUAUGUGAAGCGCUACAACAUCAAGCUGGACCCACACCUGCAACUCCUGCUCUCCAGGCGACCGCGCAAGCCAUGGUCGCGGUUCAUCACGUGUGACAACCACCACCUCGUGUCCGCUCAGGCGGUGGAUCUGAUAGACAAGCUUCUGCGCUACGACCACCGCACACGCCUCACUGCCCAGGAGGCCAUGGCGCACCCGUUUUUCGACCCUGUGGCGCCUGGAAGGGGCGGAGAUGCAUCAGGGUGA